AUGGAUUCCUAUCUCGAGGAGACAUCUUACACCUUCUUCCCUAGUGUCGAGGGUAGCAGCCCGGUCUACACAUUCGACUCUCAGUUCAUUCCAUUCCCCGCAUCAGAGGGCACCGAUAACUUCUUCUAUCCUUAUUCAUUCCCGGCAUACCAAACAUCAAUGCCUCUCAUGAACGACGCUUCCCCACUCUCCUUGGAUACCGACUUCGCAACCAUCAACACCCCAUUCACCGCAUCCUCUCCCCGCUCAGACUUUUCACCCAUCCCCAGUGAGCCCUUGGAUUUCGCAUCACCACCUAGCACCAGCAGCGGACCAGGCUCGCCACGUUCGCCUCCAAAGGAGAUGCAGCCUGAGAGCUGGGGCCCGGCAGAUCUCCACCAGAUGGGUUAUCUCGACGUAGCCGGCAACUGGCGCUGCCGCUACUCGGGCUGCUGCUCCUCGCGGGUUUUCCUGCGCGCAUGCGAUCUCAGGAAGCACUUCCGGGGCCAUGCAAAGUACUUUUUCUGCACCGAAAAGAGAUGCCAGCAAGCGGGCGUUGGCUUUGCGACCCGCAAGGACUUCCAACGACACAUGGGCUCUCACAAGCCUGCUGUGAGGUGCAUGCACCCCGACUGCGAUCGCAUCUUCAGCCGGAAGGAUAAUAUGAGAGAGCACUACAAGAAGAUUCAUCAGCGUUUAAGGAACAACCUCUUCCCAAGGAGGUGCCGUCAAACCAAGAAGAGGGAAUCGCAGCCUGCCUCGCCAGAGUCCAGCUGCUCUACUUGCUGCAUGGAAUGUUAA